UGCGACUCGCGCGCUUAACUUGAACAACCCAAAACUUAGUGGGGACGACAACGGAGUUAUACUCUUUUCGAAUCUUUCUCAUAUCUUUUCAAAUAACCACACGCAGUUGGACAGCAGCAAGAGACAGUAGUUUAUUGUUAGUGUUUGUGUCGGUGCCAAACGAUUUGGACAAAAUAUGUCGUCUCUCAUGCUGGAAUCGUUGAGCGAAAAAGUGGCCAUGUUUGAUCAGCAUGCCAACAAACACAUUAAUAGCCAGUCUAAAAAUCCAUUUAGCUCUGGCUUGAACUUGCCAAAACCGACCUUCUCGAAAGAGGAGUAUGGAAGGCCGGCCGCAGGUUCAAUGUCAGACAUCAGAGGUCGCAAGGCAAAUGCUCACAUCCUCAAGGAGAUUCUUGAAUUGUGCGAAGUACUUGAUCAGAAUGGUACCCCAUGCCGUGACCAUCCAGAAAUAUUAGCUAUUUCCUUUGGUGAUCUGUUCAACCUUUACGUGCACAUAAACGACAAACUCGUUGGUCUUCUACUUCGCGCUCGCAAGCAGAAACUCGUUGACUUUGAAGGCGAAUGUCUCUUUCAGAGGAGGGACGAUCACGUGCCAAUUUUCCUACUGAAGCCAAUUAAAGAAAUCAGAGAGGAUUUCCGGCAGAGGCUCGAUGCGCUUCAUAAGGAGAUCCCAAAAUCGCCUAGUUAAUACAUGUAUAAAUAUAUAUCAAGACUUUGUUAUUUUAAUAUCGUUCGAAAGUAUUGUUAAUUAAUCGACGAAAGCUUUUCAUCAAAUUGAGAACAAAAACUGCGUUUUUUACGUACGAUAUCAAUUUUUAUGUACAGUUCCACGAUUAAUUUAUUUGUGAAAGUGAAUUGAUUAUUGAUAGGCUGAAUGUGAAGUUUUAUCAGAAUUGGUUAUGAAUCAUUGCAAUUUUUAUUUGCAAAUUCCGUUGUAAAUAGUAGAAUGCCUGGUGAUGGACGAGUGAGAAGUUAAAAAAUUGUGAUAUUGUGGAGAAAUAUUCAGGCGUAUAAAUAACAAAUAUUUCUGUAUGAGUAGUCUUUAAAAAAUGAGAAAUUCUUCGCUAGUUAUUCUUCCAAAGAUAUAAUAGAAAAUU